AUGGAAAACGGCAACUACCAGGCAGUUCUCAAACUUUACGACGAUCUGCUGGACGUGCCGACUUAUUGCUACAAUUCGAACUUCGACAGCUUCAAGGAGUUUGUCAACUCUCAAGAACCGCACAACAUCCUUUCAUCAUCCGAGUAUGAAGCGAUUCUGCCGCAGGUCAUAGAAGAGCUGAAAGCAGAGGACGCCAAUCUGUUUAAAGCCGACGAGCUCACAAAAGAAGAUGCAGUCGAAGAAAACGGCACUGUGGACUCGAAGAAUGUGCCUACUAAAGUUAACCGAAAAUAUACACCCGAAGGUUUGAAGCUCUUCCGUGCGAAAAUCAUCGAAAAGCGAAAGUAUCGGUUUCUGAAAGCCGAAGAUGAAGUUAGCAAAAGAUGGAAUUUUGAAGAACAGAUUAAAAGACCAUACUUUCACGCAAAGCCUCUGGAACGCAGUGAGCUGAAAAACUGGCGACAUUACUGUGACUUCGAGAUCGAAGAAGCUGAUCCCGUGAGAAUCAAGUUUCUGUUCGAGAGAUGCAUGAUAGCAUGUGCCUUAUACGAGGAUAUGUGGCUCAGGUACGCGCGCUACAUGGAAAGGGUAGACAAUGAAGGCGCUCGUUCUGUGUACCGAAGAGCUUGCCUUGUGCACUUGAUAAAGAAUCCGAACCCCCAUUUGGCCUGGUCGGCGUUCGAAGAGAAGUGUGGAAACUACGAAAAGGCGCGAACCAUUUUGGUGGAUUUUGAUCGCUCAUUCCCUGGUAGUUUGUUGAUUAAGGCGAGACAGUUGGGAUUAGAGAGGCGAAUGGCUGUUCAUUCAGCUAUGCGUGAAGAUGGCGACGGUAUUCCUGAUUUUGAAGACUUUUGCAAACACUGUGAAUUGCUGUUCAACGACCCAAAGGUUCCGUCGAAAAUCGCUUCAUUCUACGCUAUUAAAUACGCCAGGUUUCAUUCCAAGAGCAAUGUCCACAUUUACUUUGAACUAGUCACCUUGGCAUACAACCGAAGACCGUUUAACGUAGCUGAAGUAGUUGCUGAACUGGAUCGCGCUUUGGAUAGUCCUGAUCUGGCAGAUGCGGAUAAGCUACGUUUCUCGCAAAAGAAGCUGGAAUUUCUCGAGGAUUUUGCAGAUGACAUAGAAGAGUGA